CUUAUUGGCAGAACCGGAACCGGAAGAGUGGUCACCGGCAUGUGAGAAAGAGAAGGAGCGAGCGAGAGAGAGACAGAGCGAAUACUCCGCAUCCCUCCGUUCCGUUCACGUGCAGACUGUUGUUGACUUCUGAUCCAUCAGGAUGGGUGAACCCACUGUUGAAGUGAAGCAGGAAGCUGCAGUUGAGGCCAAGAAGGUGAAGCUGGAAGCUGAGAGCGAGGAUGCUCCUGAUGCCAAGAAAAUGAAAAUCGAACCUGUGGAAGCGGAUGGCAACGGUGCUGCGGUGACUCAGAAAACUAAGAGUGAACCUUCAGAAGAUGCUCCAGAUGCGAAGAAAAUUAAGCUAGAAUCCACAGAAGCUGACAGCAAUGGCACUGCCAAGACAGAAAAUGGUGCCCAGUCGGAAACAGCUGAGGAUAGAGGUGAUCCUGAUUUAAAACGGCUUCUUGUUCGCCAAGUAGAGUACUAUUUUGGAGACAUUAAUCUGCCUAGAGACAAGUUCCUUCAAGAGCAGUUGAAGCUGGAGGAUGGAUGGGUACCCUUGGAUGUUAUGCUGCGCUUCCAACGUCUUGCUCAACUAACGAGAAACCCCUCUACAAUUGUUUCCUGCUUGAAAAGUGACAGUACCUUGAUGGAAGUUAGUGAAGAUGGAACUAAAAUCAGACGGUCACCCAGUCACCCAUUACCUGAGAUGAAUGAAGAAUGGCAGAAAGCUCGAAAUGACCGCACUGUUUACUGCAAAGGCUUCUCUACAACAGCAUAUGAUUUAAACGAGUACUUAAAGUUCUUUGACACUUAUGGACCUGUUGAAAAUGUUCAUCUUCGGAAGUACCUUGACAGGGCUACAAAGAAGUCCAUGUUCAAAGGUUCUGUGUAUGUUUUGUUCGAAACUAAAGAGCUUGCAGAGAAGUUUCUUGCUUUAGAUUCUGUUGUGUUUGAAGGAAAGGAAUUAAUUCGUAUGACUUAUGCUGCACACAAUGAAGAAAAGAAGAAGGAAAAGGAUGAGAGAUGGGGAAAGAAAGUAAAGAAAGAUGGUGCCGCAUCUGAAGAGAAAGCAAAGCCCAAGAAGGAAUUUGCCAAAGGGUGUAUUUUGAAAAUUAAUGGUAUAACUGAUGAAGAAUUAACAAGAGAAGUUAUUAAGUCAACACUUGUUGAAUUAGGAGCUGAUGUUGCUUUCAUUCAGUAUGCAAAGGGAGAUAAAGAAGCACUUGUGCGAUUGCAAAGUUUAGAAGAUGGCGCUGCAAGUGAGUUUGUCAAGAAAUUGAAUGAUGAGGAGAAGAAGGUUAAAUUUGGUGAUGAGGAAAUGGAACUGAGUGCUGUUGAAGGAGAAGAAGAGGAAGCAUUUUUGCAGAAAACUAGAGAACAGAUGGAAAGAAAUAACAAAGGUCCCAAGAGAGGAAGGGGCAACAACCGUCACCGGGGAGGCCACAGGGGAGGAUUUAGGGGCAAUAGACGUGGAAGAAAUUCAGAUUAAAUCUUCAAGAACAAAUACCGAUUCUUCAAAUAAUAUGAAUUAUUAUUAUUGACAUGAUUUUAUGGUUUUUUGUGACUAGUGAUCUGUUGCUAACAGUAAAUAAUAAAAUCAACUGUCCCUUUU